AUGUUCGCCAACAGAGACUUUCGAAAACCGAGUUCAGUCUCCAGGAUUCCCUAUUUCCUGCCGCUGUCACUGCAGUUGAUCGGGUUCUUGGGAAGGGCCGGCCUCGAGGAGGGGCAGCCUCACGGGCCGCAUCUGGGUGUAAACAAAAGGAAGCGCCCGAGAGGCCUGUGUCCCCUGGGCUUCGGGCUCCGAAGGCUGGCACUUGUUCAGAGAGUCCCUCGGACUGGCUGGGUGUACAGAAAUGUCGAGAGGCCGGAGAGUGUAUCAGAUCACAUGUACAGGAUGGCAGUUAUGGCUCUGGUGACCAACGAUGAUCAUCUUAACAAAGACCGAUGUGUACGCCUAGCCCUGGUUCACGAUAUGGCAGAAUGCAUCGUGGGGGACAUAGCACCAGCAGAUAACAUCCCCAAAGAAGAAAAACAUAGGCGAGAAGAGGAAGCUAUGAAGCAGCUAGCCCAGCUUCUCUCAAAGGAUCUUGGAAAAGAGCUCUAUGAACUUUGGGAAGAGUAUGAGACCCAAUCUAGUGCAGAGGCCAAAUUUGUGAAGCAGCUGGACCAGUGUGAGAUGAUUCUUCAGGCAUCUGAAUAUGAAGACCUCGAGAACAAACCUGGGAGACUGCAGGACUUCUAUGAUUCCACAGCAGGAAAAUUCAGCCACCCCGAGAUACUCCAGCUUGUUUCUGAACUUGAGGCAGAAAGAAACGCUAACAUAGCUGCUGCCGCCAGUGAGCCUCACUCCUGAGAUGCUCUCUACGUUGUUGCACUCCUGUAACAAACAUUUUGUUUCCAUUGAAUGGUCUUGUGUUUGCUACUGUUGGUCUGUUGAUUUCCCCAGAUGUGAGUCUAUUUUCAAUUUGCUUGGACUCCAGCAAGAAACGUGAUACAAUUUGGGCCAUAAAAGAAGCCACAGAACAGGAUGUGGUCGUGAAAAUUAAAUGCAUGGAUGAAGACUUGGAAGGGGGUGUCUUUUUAUGAACUAAAUACAUUUUAAAAACCUUAAA